AUGCUACGACCCGAUUGCACCAGCACUAUUACUACUACUACUACUACUACUACUACUACUACUACUACUACUACUACUACUACUACUACUACUACUACUACUACUACUACUACUACUACUACUACUACUACUACUACUACUACUACUACUACUACUACUACUACUACUACUACUACUACUACUACUACUACUACUACUACUACUACUACUACUACUACUACUACUACUACUACUACUACUACUACUACUACUACUACUACUACUACUACUACUACUACUACUACUACUACUACUACUACUACUACUACUACUACUACUACUACUACUACUACUACUACUACUACUACUACUACUACUACUACUACUACUACUACUACUACUACUACUACUACUACUACUACUACUACUACUACUACUACUACUACUACUACUACUACUACUACUACUACUACUACUACUACUACUACUACUACUACUACUACUACUACUACUACUACUACUACUACUACUACUACUACUACUACUACUACUACUACUACUACUACUACUACUACUACUACUACUACUACUACUACUACUACUACUACUACUACUACUACUACUACUACUACUACUACUACUACUACUACUACUACUACUACUACUACUACUACUACUACUACUACUACUACUACUACUACUACUACUACUACUACUACUACUACUACUACUACUACUACUACUACUACUACUACUACUACUACUACUACUACUACUACUACUACUACUACUACUACUACUACUACUACUACUACUACUACUACUACUACUACUACUACUACUACUACUACUACUACUACUACUACUACUACUACUACUACUACUACUACUACUACUACUACUACUACUACUACUACUACUACUACUACUACUACUACUACUACUACUACUACUACUACUACUACUACUACUACUACUACUACUACUACUACUACUACUACUACUACUACUACUACUACUACUACUACUACUACUACUACUACUACUACUACUACUACUACUACUACUACUACUACUACUACUACUACUACUACUACUACUACUACUACUACUACUACUACUACUACUACUACUACUACUACUACUACUACUACUACUACUACUACUACUACUACUACUACUACUACUACUACUACUACUACUACUACUACUACUACUACUACUACUACUACUACUACUACUACUACUACUACUACUACUACUACUACUACUACUACUACUACUACUACUACUACUACUACUACUACUACUACUACUACUACUACUACUACUACUACUACUACUACUACUACUACUACUACUACUACUACUACUACUACUACUACUACUACUACUACUACUACUACUACUACUACUACUACUACUACUACUACUACUACUACUACUACUACUACUACUACUACUACUACUACUACUACUAGGACAGCGAUGUCUACUACUACCAUCGAACCGCCAAAUCAACCAAACACAUACGUUACUCAAAUCCAUGGUCGUGGGUGA